AUGGAGCCUAGUUCUUGUGAAGACCACCAAGAUGCUUUUGGUAUAUUCGGGGUUUUCUUUACUCUUCACUAUCAAAUUUCCUUUGCAGUGAUUGUCUUGAGAUACCGAUUGUAUUUUUGUGCAGGUGUAAUGGAGGAUAAAAUGAAUCUGGACUCUCGCCAUAGCCCUUCUCAUGACCGCGAAAAUUCACCCUUUAAUGAUGACUGGGAAUGUUUCACCGGCGUCCAUGGGCAAUCCUCAAAGGAAGAGUUGUACACUUUGGCUCGUUCUGAUAAGCAGACUUUCAUCGCUUUAUCCAUGGUUGGAUCUGGAUGCUGGGAAGAUAUUUGA